AUUGAACCUGGUUUCAAAUGCUCCUAAUUUGAACAUUGCUGUAGUUGGGUCCGGAUACGACUCGGAUCAACCCGGUCGAAACGGUAAGUCGGUAACACUAAUUUUCAGUUUUCACAUGACACAUAACCCGUUUAUCGGAUUCGGGUAGCCCGACCCAUUUGAAGGUGGAAAAAAGUAUGAAAAGCGAGUGAUCAUAUAGCUGAGUUAUGGGUUGACUCCAUGGACUUAAUCUCGAUGCUGUUCCAUGGGUUUGAAGGUGAUCACGAGAGAGUCCUUAUGGGCAGCUCAGAGGGAAGAUUUGCAGACAGUGAUGGAGUUGCUAUCUGUGAGAGAACACCAUGCCAGAACUCUUCUGAUUCAUUACAGAUGGGAUGUUGAGAAGCUGAUCACAGCUUACUUCGAGAAAGGGGAAUCUCGUAUGUUUACACAAGUGGGAGUCACCAGGGAUGAACUCCUUGUUGUCACUCCACCGGAAUCUUCCUCUACGCUUCUCUGCCAUAUCUGUACGGAUGAUGUGUCUGUGAAUGCCGUGUCCACAAUGGACUGUGGUCAUUGCUUUUGCAAUACCUGUUGGACAGAGCACUUCGUUGUCAAAAUAAACGAGGGCCAAAGCAAGAGGAUCAGGUGUAUGGCACAUGAAUGCAACACUGUUUGUGAUGAAGCUAUUGUCAGGAGCUUAGUUGGUACGAGGCACCUUGAUUUAGCAGAGAAAUUCGACAGGAUUCUUCUCGAGUCAUACAUUGAAGACAACAAGUUGGUUAAAUGGUGCCCUAGCACGCCGCAUUGUGGGAAUGCAAUACAGGUGGAAAAUGAUGAGUUCUGUGAGGUGGAAUGCUCUUGUGGUUUGCAGUUCUGUUUCAGUUGCUCGUCAGAAGCCCAUUCCCCUUGCUCGUGCUCCAUGUGGCAGCUCUGGACACAGAAGUGCCGCGAUGAAUCAGAGACGGUCAAUUGGAUCACUGUAAAUACAAUGCCAUGUCCCAAGUGUCAUAAAGCAGUUGAGAAAAACGGUGGCUGCAACCUGGUUCGUUGUGUGUGUGGCCAAUCGUUUUGUUGGUUGUGUGGCGAAGCUACGGGCUAUAGCCAUAGUUGGGAUAGUAUUGAAGAUCAUAGCUGUGGUCGUUAUAAAGAAGACACGAACAAGAAGGCUGAGCAUGCAAAAAGAAACCUAUACAGAUACGUGCAUUACUAUAACCGUUACAAGGCUCACACAGACUCCUUCAAGCAGGAAUCUCAACUGUGGGAGAUGAUCGAGGACAAAGUAUCGAAUCUGCAAGCAAGGGACUUAAAACUAAGAGAUUUCAGCUGGGUUGCAAACGGGUUUUGUAGGCUACUUACAUCAAGACGGGCUCUUUCAUACUCAUAUCCUUUCGCAUUCUACGCAUUUGGUGAUGACUUUUGUGAGGAUGAGAUGACAGAGAAAGAAAGUGGGCUGAAGCGGCAUUUCUUUGAGGACCAGCAGCAGCAGCUCGAGUCGAAUGUUGAGAAGCUGUCUGAGAUUCUUGAGGAGCCGAUUGAUGAGUAUGCUGACGAAGAACAAGUGAGGCGGAUAAGGAUUCAAGUCAUAGAUCUAUCGGUGAUUGCUGAUAGCCUCUGCAGAAGAAUGUAUGAAUGUAUUGAGAAUGAUCUAUUGGGUUCACUUCAAUACACUGUUCAAAUUAUUGCUCCAUACCAGUCGAAAGGCAUUGAGAAGGCCGGAGAGCUCGCUGUCGGGAGGAGCUCUCAAGGAAAUGACAAAGAGAAAUGUCACAAGGCAGCUGAUUGGUCCUCUGGAGACGCGAUGGAGAUCAGCCAGGCAUCGACAUCUGGGACCUCAGACGAGAGUCGACUGUUGUCAUGGAAGCGCCCUAGGCAUGAAAGAAGCUCUUCAGGCAGUGUGAGUGAAUUGUGUUCUCAACUUCUCUGCUGAGGCUACCAAUUUAACAUAAGGUAUGUGAACAUAAAACUAACUCAACCAUGUGCAAUAUUUUUCUUGAGAUUUCUAGAAUGAUUUGGUGUGUGCAUUUUGUGAAUUCCAUUAAAGGAUUGGAGUUUUUGUAUGUAAUAGUAUUAAAUGUGAUCCAUUUCUUACUUGGAAAA